AUGGACGAUGUCUUGACAGAAGAUGACAUUUACUGCCACAGCCUUUCCAAGACGCUGUGCCACACCUCGACGCCAGUCACCGUGGGCUUCUACUCGCCCUGUGGCACUCGCCUCCGUUCGCUCCUGGAUCACAUUGCAGCAUGCAUGCACAAAGAAUCCCUUCAACGAGAAGAGAAUGAGUACCGAAGGACCCAUCAGAGACCCCGGAGACCGGAAGGCUGGAACUAUCUCACCCUCUUGUGGUAUCUGGUCUUCUACGAGCCCGUCAUCACCGAAGUUCACCUCCGAAGAAAGAACAUUGAGUUCAUUUUCAUAAGGUUCAGCGCCUGGCAGUACGCUGGCAGCGAUAAGUUGUGGGCUGGGCUGGUGACCACCUUGUGUGACCACAUCCGGAGCCAUUUUGGCCCUCUGCCUCUCAGCUUCUACCAAGUGGUGGGGAAGAGGCCGCGGUUUGCCUCCGGGUUUAGCCAAAAUGAGUGGAGGGCCAAAAAGAAAGUCAUCUUCACCACCGGAGCCCUCCUGUUUGUCCUGCUAGCUGGAGUUGGCCUGGUUGCGACAGCGCUCCUGGUGCCUCAGAUACGAGACGGCAGUGUCUUGAAAAUCCUCGGCAGCACCUUCGCCGCGGCCUCCGGCUCAGGAGCCAUAGUGGCCCUGGCUCCGAUCAUUAAGAACCUGCUCAUCAGCGAGAAGAAGAAGAUCGAGAGCAUGACAAGCGAUGAGAAGUUCACCAGCCAACUGGGCUUCAUGAGCGCCGUGAAGAAACAGAUCGAGACCCUCACCAACUUCAUGUAUUACAUGGAGGUUUUUGAGAGGCAGCGGCUGAGGAUCGUCUUUGAGAUCACGAGCCUGGACAUGUGCUACCCGGAAAGGGUGGUCGGGGUUCUGAACGCCAUGAACACACUGCUCUCGGACACCAACGCCCCAUUCAUCUUCAUCCUGGUGGUAGACCCUUGCGUCAUCGCCUCUUGCUUAGAGCAAGCCAGCACCAUGAAAGGAAUGGCCGACAACGGCUAUCUCUACCUCAGCCGCACGGUGACCUUGCCGUUCUCCAUCCCAGAAAUUGGCGUCAGGUCGAAGAUGCGUUUUUUGCAUGAGGCCUUCCAGACUCGGGAAGACCUGAUGUACAGGAUCAUCACAAAGAACGUGGAGCAGGCCGUCAAGAAGACGAAAGGGAAAGAGUCUCCGUUGGCCGUCAUGGAGGCGUCCGCAGAAAUGGACCAACACCAGAUUGACAGGCAGGCGGUGCAGCACAUCCACGAAGCCUUCCACUGUCUCCACAAUGAGGACGACUGCCUUUACAAAUAUGUCCCAGACAACAUUAUCCAGAUGAGGAGAAUUGUCAACACCAUCCCUAUUACCAUCCGGCUGAUGUCCCAGCAGCAUACCCUGAGACACAGCAUUUGUCCUCGGUCAGUGGCGGGCUGGGUGGUCUUAGCCAACCAGUGGCCGUGCCGUUUGAGUUGGAUCCUGCAGUGCAUGGAAGACAGGCUACAGAGCCAACCCAUGGGCGAAUACGGCCAAGAGCCGAUGUGGCAGGUCUUUGUGGAUAACUGCAAGGACCUCUUCACGAACCAUAAGGACCUUGCGAACAUCCUGGCCUUGGAUGGUGACCCAGAACUUUUCGAGAAGUACUUGUCUCAUGACUUUCCUUUCAGCGUGGAAGAAGGGGAGAUGUACCUAAAGCACACGGUCAACUUGGACCACUCCAUAAGGCGUCGGAUGGGGCAGCUGCGGGCCCUUGCGUCCCUGGAGAAGAAUUACGGCAAAGACGCGGCUCAGUCAACAGCAACCACAGCGACCGAAACAGACGACACUGAUUUAGACGGAAUAGCUUAG